AUGAUAGAUGGAGGAAUGGUGCGGUCUCUUACCGGCAUUCUUCAAGUGAUUGAUUUGGACAAUCCCGAUGCGCCUAAGAUUGUUAAUCUUCUAUUGAAGGCUUUGGAAAGCUCGUCAAGGGCUGCCAAUGCUAGAAUGGAUAUCAUGCGUGAAGAAAUGGAAGAAGGUGGUGGGUUACGCAACACCGACCAAAUUGAGAUGACUUUUCAUGUCGAGAACGAGGUCGAUGAUGAUAUGGGUGAUGAGGACGAUGACAUGGGAGAUGCUGACCAUGAUGAUACCGGCUUGGGAGAUGACUAUAAUGAUGAGAUGAUCGACGAAGAAGAUGAUGAUUUUCAUGAGAAUCGUGUUAUAGAGCCAUUUGAAGCGGUGAAUGUGGAUGAUCUUUUCGGUCUUCGCGAGCCUUUGGGUUUUGACCGCCGAUGUCGAGUGGCGGUUCUUCCGUUGAGCGACUCGUCACGAAGUAAAUGGAUUUCAACAUCCUCUUCGUCAAGGCCAUCCCGAUCGUGGGAUCCGGUUUCUAUGUGGUCAUCGGGUGGGCAUUCAUCCGGGGAUUUAGAAGCUUUGUCAUUUGGGAGCUUUGAUGUAGCUCCCUUUAACAUGUUUGAUGCUCCUGUUCUUUCGUAUGAACAUGAUAAUCAACCAUCCGGUGAUCCUCUAUCCAAUGAUGGUCAAGUAGUGGUGGAUGGUGAUAACACCAACGGUCGACAAGCCGAACAUCAGCAAGAAAAUGGCAAUGAAGUUAUCCACUAUCAGCCCAAUCCAACCGUUGAUCCUCGGUCUUCAUUCAAUGGUGCAGGUGAAGGUCUACAGAUGGAUGAGCCUAUGUGGACUUUCCAUUUUCGGAAGAUCACGAGAAUUUUCGCAAUAGAACGAUGUUCUACUAUGCCAUGGGCUUGCCGAUUUUCUAGGAGGAUAGUGAAAUUGGAGACAAAGUUGCAGUUUAAUUCAACAAAUGGUAUUUUCAUACUUCUUGCACCCUUAUCCCUUGUAUACCAUGUUGAUGAGUUGCUCGUCCUUCCUAAUGCCAUUCUUUCCGAAGUCUUAGAAAAGGAUAACUACCCUAUAUCUUCCGAUUAA